AUGGCGACCCUAUCUCGAGACCGACUUAUCGCGCACGAUCAAGAUAGCUCGGGCGCAAUGCCGACAACAGUUGUCGACCUCCUCGUCCCCGCUCGGUGCUUGCGCUGCCACCACUCACUCGUAGGCCCCGAACGACUUGGCCUGUCUUGCCCUCCGAUCCCCAAGCUCGCCUGCGCUCCUGCUGCUGAUGGGGCUGCGCCUGCGCCUUUCCUGUCCCUUCCCCUUGCCCCUGCCCCUCCCCCAACCCCAGCCCCAGCCCCCUUCUCCCCUGCCCCUGCCCCUGCCCCUCCCCGUCGUUUGAACCGGGGAGAGUUUCCGAGGCCGCUGCUUGCGCGUGACACGUACCACCCGGCCACGUGUCGUUUCGUCCCGAGAGAUGACACUUGCCUCGAUCACCUGCAUUUCCCCAUUGCAUUUGAUAUUCGCGUGUCAGGCAGGCGACAGAUACAAGAAACUCUACAGAACAGGCCAAUGAUCACACUUCAGUCAACAGCAACCCAUGGGUACACCCGAACAUAUGACAUUCUAGUUCAUGUCUGA